GGCCUGGACCUUCCCUUUUACAGGAGUUUUCGCCAUUGUUUUGCAACAUUGAACUUGUUUUGUCAGAGUGAACAAGUCACCCCACCUCCGGGGUCUCGAAUACUUCAUAAAAUGUGUAUCUGUAUGAGCUAUGUGCAGUAGAGCAAGCCGCUGUCGCGCAUGAGGAAACUCGCUGUGGAUAUCCAAUGAAUGGGAGUCAAAUUCCACCUCCGCUAGUCUCUGGUUCAGCUCCAGACGAACUUGGGUGAGACUGUGCGCAAGACGUCCUAAGUUGUUCGCUCCGAGUCUCUUCUAAUAGAAAUAGACUCUUUUAGAAAUUCGUUAAAACAAACACACGGGAAAAGUUAGCAGACACAUCACAGUUAUCCCUCCGUGAACACAAGGAAUCGCGAUGGAAACUGUGGAAGAGGUUUGGACAUACUGACAGAGCACAGCUGAGGACAACGACCUGUAAAACAAAACUUUCUCAUUGCUUUGUUCUGAAAUGCCAGAGGAACUCUCCAAAGACACAAUGAGAGUGCCUGCAGCCGGAGAUCGCAUUCUAGCAGAGAAGACCAACAAUAAUGAAAGUGCCCCUGUGCCUGUUAGUGCCACAGGAGUUUCUGUGCCCCUGGUCAAUGAAGUCCAGCUCACUGCAGCCACUGGUGGGGCGGAACUUUCCUGCUACCGCUGCACGGUGCCAUUUGGAGUGGUCGUUCUGAUUGCGGGGAUUGUGGUCACCGUGGUGGCAUACAGCUUCAACUCACAUGGGUCCACAAUAUCCUACUUUGGACUGGUGCUUCUGUCGUUCGGCUUGGUACUAUUGGGCUCCAGUGCCAUAUGCUGGAAGGUGAGGAUGGAGAGGAAGAAGGAGAGGCGAAGGGAAAGUCAGACGGUGCUGGUGACCAACCACAGAAGCCUCUUUGCAUGAGACCAUAUACAUUUGACCUCCGUAGGAGUAUGUGCCAAAAAGGACAAACACCAUUUACAAGUAACAGAGAGGGAAUGAGGAG